GGAGUCGAUGGACGUUUAUAAAAGGCGCGUUUGCAGCACCAUUCAUUCCAAAGGACUGAAAUCUACCAUUACUGAACUUUUAAAGACCUUUUGUGCGAGCGAACAUAUCCUGCACCCUUCUGCGUUGAAGCUGUCAGACACUGAUGGAGAGGAUCACCUCGCUUGGAGCUGUUCGUUCAUUCUAGGAACACGCGCUAAUCAAUUCUUUAUUUCAAGACUAUAGCCUAUCCUAAGAAUGGAAUGUAAACUCUUGCCAUUUCUAGACCAGAAGCCAGAGACAUCCUCCCCAAAAUAACUCUUGUGCUUCAUGAGAGCACCGUUGGAUUACCAAUCAAAUAUAAACCAAACACAAACCAGAUAGAAAUUCAUCUGACAGAUGGCGGAUGCUUCCGUUUCCUUCUAGAAAGACAGCAAACCAAAUGAAUAAGAGAUUUUAUGUGCAUUUGCUUGCAUCUUUACUCAAAUAGACCUAUUUUUUUCAGACAAUUGCAUUUUGAACUGUGAUAGUAACUUAAACAUGAUACAAACAGGACCCAUGAUGGAGGCGGCGGAUAUUGCAGUUGUUGCACUUUAUUUUGUACUUUUGCUUGUAAUUGGUCUGCUUGCCAUGUGGAAGUCCAACCAUAGCACUGUCAGUGGCUACUUUCUGGCAGGUCGAAAUAUGAACUGGGUGGUGAUAGGUGCCUCACUCUUUGUCAGCAACAUCGGCAGCGAGCAUUUCAUUGGUCUCGCUGGUUCUGGUGCAGCAAGUGGUUUUGCAGUGGGCGCCUGGGAGUUCAAUGCCCUCCUUCUUCUGCAGCUGCUCGGCUGGGUGUUCAUCCCUGUCUACAUCCACUGUGGAGUUUACACCAUGCCAGAGUACCUCUCCAAGCGCUACGGAGGCAAGCGGCUAAAGAUUUACUUUGCUGCCCUCUCACUUCUUCUGUAUGUCUUUACUAAACUCUCAGUGGACUUGUACGCAGGAGCUCUUUUCAUUCAGGAGUCUCUUGGCUGGAAUCUAUACCUGUCAAUCAUCUUGCUUAUCACUAUGACUGCCUUCCUGACAGUGACCGGUGGACUGGUUGCUGUGAUCUACACGGACACUCUACAGGCUGUGCUCAUGAUUGGCGGUGCUUUGACCCUUACCAUAAUCAGUCUGGUCAAGGUAGGCGGUUUGGAAGGGGUGCGGGAAAAAUACAUGGAAGCAGUCCCCAACGUCACAGCCAUCCUGGCUAACAGCAACUUCAGCUUCCAGUACACAAACUCCUGCCGAAUCCAUCCCAAGCCAGAUUCUCUUAAGCUCCUACGAGGACCGCUUGAUGAGGACAUCCCUUGGCCAGGCUUCCUGUUGGGUCAGACACCCUCAUCCAUUUGGUACUGGUGUGCAGACCAAGUCAUCGUCCAGAGAGUAUUAGCUGCCAAGAAUAUUGUCCAUGCUAAAGGCUCCACACUUAUGGCAGGAAUUCUUAAGGUCCUUCCCAUGUUUAUCAUCGUUAUUCCAGGAAUGAUCUCACGAAUAUUGUUCCCAGAUGAGCUGGCGUGCAUCGGACCAGAGCACUGCAUGGCUGUUUGUGGCAGUCAAGCUGGCUGUUCCAACAUCGCCUACCCUCGGUUGGUCAUGAACGUGAUGCCGGUGGGUCUCCGAGGGUUGAUGAUGGCUGUGAUGAUCGCUGCCCUCAUGAGCGACCUGGACUCGAUUUUUAACAGCGCUAGCACCAUCUUCACAUUGGACAUUUAUAAAAUGCUGCGUAUACGUGCAUCCUCCCGUGAGCUGGUGGUGGUCGGCAGGUUGUUUGUGAUCUUCAUGGUGACUAUCAGCAUCGCUUGGGUGCCUGUCAUUAUUGAGAUGCAAGGUGGCCAGAUGUACCUGUACAUCCAGGAAAUUGCAGGAUACCUCACACCUCCCAUUGCUGCCCUGUUUUUACUCGGAGUCUUCUGGAAACGUUGCAAUGAGACCGGCGCAUUUUGGGGCGGUAUGACUGGGUUUGUGCUAGGCACCACCCGCCUCUUACUUGGCUUUGUAUAUCGUGAGCCAAGAUGUGACCAGCCUGAUGAGCGUCCAGCUUUCAUUACUCAUGUCCAAUACAUGUACAUUGCUGCCGGGCUGUUUUGGAUUUCCGGGCUGGUGGCUGUGGGUGUCAGUCUGUGCACGCCACCUCCAGAAGUGGAGAAGAUCAAGCGUACCACAAUCUGGGGCUUGAGAGAACUUAAACGGCUUCCUGUGACUGAACGAGAAGAGAUGUACAAACUCACUAAUGGCAAUGGUGUUCUCAAGAAGGAUGUGCCUGAGGAUGUCCAGAAGGAGAGAUGUCUUGAUGGGGCUGACAUGAAACUUCUUAUGCCCUCGCCUUGUGACCAAGAUCCCGAGACCCCCAGCACAGAGGCAUCCACACCAAUGGAGCUGUACGGCAAUGGUCAUGUAAAGCUUGUGAAACGGAAGGAUGAAGGCAAGCGUGAUGAAGAGAGCUGCCCUCAAAUAUUUGACUGGAUUUGUCAAAAGGAGAAAAUGUCUGUUGUCGAACCCAAAGUCAUUGAAGAAGAUGAAGGAGUUGUUCGUGAAAUGCUUUAUGAACCCCCUAAGAUCAAGCUGUUACUUAACUUAGGCCUUGUAUUGGUUUGUUCACUGGGUGUUUUCAUGUUUGUGUACUUCUCCUUGUAAUGUGCUGAUCUUAUCAUAAGACCUGAAAGACAGCACAUUUAUAUGAUCUAUUUGUUUUUAUAAGCCAUUUAGGGUCUGUAAUAUUUACAGUGUUUUUUUUUUUUUUUUUUUUUUUUUUUUUUUUUUUUUU